AUGUAUAGCGCGGACAAGAUAGCACUAUAUCUGUUCCUGCUGGAGCGCGUUCAUAUCGUACGAGCUCCCUUUGUGGAUCGCACAAGGGAUAUGUUGUAUGUCUUCGGAGGGAUCUUCGUCACGGGUGGUUUCCUCGCGAUCAUGGGAUGGCAGUUUGUCAACCCAAUGGCUAUCCUGAACCACCAGACAGGCGAAUGCAGGAUAGGCAUCGAGCGACCGGCUACGAUUGCGAUCAUUGUGCUGGACAUCCUGAUGAACACUGUUCUCACGGGAAUCUUCGUCUGGCAGCUUCGACCAGCACUGGGCUCCUCGGCACCUAGGAUAUUCAGUUUCGCAAGCGACACUGCUGGUACAUCAAGCGGCUCUUCAAUGCAGAGAAUCCGACUUUGGAUGAAAGGGACACGACGGGCCGUCUCUUCCCGGAACAACUUGCGAGUUAUGCUGGUUCGAAAUGUUGUUGGCUCGGGCUUCAUGUUGUUUGUCACUUUGUGCAACAAUAGCCUGUUUCUCGCCUGGAGUUUCGCGAAGAUGAGCCACGCUUGUCUGCUCAUGUGCCUCGCUGAUAGUAAGUUCACGAUUCGCCCUUGUGGUCAACAAACGCUGAUACAUAGUCAAGUCUGUCUCGGUAUGCUUGUCACCCAAUGGCUCACGAUGCGUUCGGCUGAUCCGGAGACAUCGCUACCGGCAUCUCGAGCUUCUCUCGUAGACGAACGUACCGAUUCCGAGGUUUCCUUUGUGAACGAGAAGCCUGUGCCUAUCAGCCGCGUGCUAGAUAAGGUGCGCUUCAAUCUCCGUUGA